AUGGUUGUCUUAGACCUACUAACCGGUUUUAGGCCAAUAAAAUCGCGCAUGCCAAUUGGCACUCAUUUUUCCGCUCAAAAUUUGUUUUUGACCACAAAUAGAAACAAUUGGGUUAACAUCUCUAAGUUUUCAAUAAAUCGCCGUCUCAUUUCAUCCUCUAACAACAAGUAUAGUAAUGACAACGCUAAAAACUGCACAGAUAACAUUAACGUGGAUAAUUACAAGGGUGGAAAGUAUUUCGGCAAAGGGUUUCCCCUGCCUAGUGGCCCUGAUGAGAAUGAAUUACCAAAACUUGAGUUUGGCAAACCCACUGGCAUGUACAAAAUGAUUAGGCAUUCGCAUGGCGAUCCAAGAGGCCAUUUGAACUCCGAUGGCACAAUUAAACACCAAUAUGGCAGUGAAGAAUUCCAUUGGCAAGACAAUUAUACCGAUGUACCAAAACAAAAUAUCGUUAUUGUUGAUGGGGAGAAGAUGAUAAUUGGCAAGGAUACUAGGCCUAUGGAGAAACUCUACGGUUUGCCACAAACAAACAUACCAUUUACCCCUCGCCAACGUUUGAAUGUAUGGGGGAAUUACAACACCAUUCUCAAGGCAGAGUUUUGUUUUUUUUGGAUCCCUGCAUUUAUUAUCAUUAGCUUGGCAGUCCCCUGUUACACUAUGCUGUACAUGAUGGAUGAAGCCAUUUGCACGACAAUGACAGUCAAAGUCAUAGGCAGGCAGUGGUAUUGGAUUUAUGAAGUGGAAUCCCCUGCAGCAUAA